GGUGUACUCGUAUUACAUCUUAGCAAUAUAAAUAGUGGUGCUGAUCGUAAAAAAUAUCAUACGUUUUCGACCAGUGAAAUACGAUGGGAAAGAUGUUUUACCUAGUUUUUGGUCCACUGCUGAUUACCAUCAGUUUCAUAGAGGCGAACCCGGAGCAACGCGACUACGUUUACUACCCCAAGACGGGCGGCUGGCUAAAACUGCAUCUGGACCGCGCUACAUGGAGAGAUGCGCGGCUGACUUGCGCACAAGAAGGUGCUGUACUUGCCUCACCCGAGAACGAUGCUUUAGAACAAGCAAUCCGUAAUUUAAUGAGCAAAUCCAAGACUAUGAAAGUAAAUACAGGAGUACAUGACACUUUCGCCACUGGACACUAUUACUCUAUUGAAGGCACUCCAUUGUCCAGCAUGGCAGUAUCGGUGCAAGAGGAGCCAUUAAACGCUAGUCGAACUGAAAACUGCUUAUAUCUCACACAAGAUGAUACCGAAAUGACUCGCGGUAGCUGUUUGGAUGCUCUGCUUUUUGUCUGCUUUACAAGGAAGACACCUACCGCUGUAGACUGUGGAACAGAUGAUAAAGGUUAUAAAUAUGAGUCCCGAACCAAGCGCUGCUACAAGUUUCAUAUAGAACCCAAGAACUGGUCUGAAGCCUUUGCCACGUGCUCGGAUGAGAACUCGCACUUAGCAGUCAUCAACAGUGAGGUUGAGUCUCGGGUCUUCCAGGAAAUGUACGCUAAAGUCAACGCCAGUCUGGAUGAACCUCUUUAUGAGGUUAUAUUUGUUGGUUUUACCGACUUGGGAGACCAUAAGACAUGGAUGACUAUACAUGGACAAACUCUGAAGGAUGCUGGCUUCAACCUGUGGCAUCCAGGGCAGCCGGAAAAUCAAGAUACUCUGUGUGGGGCCAUGUACGGCGUUGAUGGCUUGCUAGACGACUACUUUUGCCAAAAAACUUGCGCAUUUAUCUGUGAAGCAGACCCACGAAAUCCUGUAACUAACACAGACAACAAACGCGAACUUACUCUCAACAUGGUUUGAUUGGAAUGAAAUCGAACGUGUGAAAUCGUUCACACAUGUCAAUUUUCUGUAAGCUUAACGAACUUUAAUGAAUAUAUUGAUUAUCAUAAAAAUUA